GGCUUCAUAGUUUGGGGGCCCAUAUGUUUGGUGCCACGACACUGCUCCCACUUGAUGAAAAUAACUUUAGCUCAUUUAGAAGCGUUUAAUGAGCUAUGCUUAGUUUGUUUGUGUCUGCUGGUGCCACUUCAAACAUUUAACACCGCAGAGUGUAGACAGGUGAAUUGAGAAGAUAUGACUGCAGGGCCAGCAGUGGAGAUAGCGCUACUGCCGACAUCAUAGCGGGAUUUCCUGUCGUUGUCGUUGCUCUGUGCUCGGACUGCACCGGUCGGGUCUGAAUGGAGCGUGAACACGGUCCCCGGCAGCCAUGGUAACCGUGAGACGCUAAGCUAAGCUCCGACAUGGCGCGGUGCAUGGUACUAGACUAGCUCGGGGCUAACGUAAAUAGCACGCUAAUACGCUACGUUUCGCUAAAAAAAAAAAAAACACGCUGUAAAAUGCGAUAUCGUGUCGGAAGCUGUUAGAUGGAUAUUACUUAAACUGGGUUAAUCCAUGUUUGCUCAGCUUUUCGUCGGCUGUGAGCGCUGGUCCGAGUAGUAACUAGUGUGAACUACUUAUUUAGCAUUCAUGCUAGCUUGAACAUUAGCUAGCCGGCUGACUUGACACACAACACUGGCGGUGACGAGCGCAGUUUAUAUCUCUCCCCAUGGCUUUCUAUGAGGUGUAUUCUCAUCCGGCUUUGAUUCGGUACAAAACGAGUGUUUGCACGAAAGCCACUUUGUUUCUGGCCAUUGUUCUGUGCCUUACCUACAUCCCACCUCUGCUGGUUGCUUACAGGAGCCAAGGUUUCUGGAUAAAAAGAAGCACUUAUGAGGAGCAACCGGUUGUGAGGUUCCAGUAUCAGACUUUGCUGGUGGCAGCGACCAGUACUCGGGGAGACUACGUCGCCUGGAGCACCUUUCCUCAUCUGAACAACAUGCUUGGGAACAAUCUGCGGAUCCCUGCUGUCUCUGUGAGAGAAGAGGACCAGAACCAGGACGGGAAGUUGGACCUCCUGCUCUUGAACCUCCAGCUACCUCUAAAACCUGAGGAACAAGUGUACAGCGUCCAGCUGCUGAUCACCUUCAGCUACCAGCUCUUUCGGAUGUCCACUGUGGUGAUGCAGAGUCUAGCCUAUGUGCAGCACUCUUCUUCUGUCCCUGGAGCCAGGCUGUUCAUCAGUGGAGACCUGAGGCUGCAGCAGAGGACACCCCUGCCUCACCGAGGACUGUACAACAUUUACAAUGUGUCGGUGGUCGAUGGCUCCAGCCCCUUUGCGAGUGCAUAUGAUCUUGACAGCAUAAUUAGGAGUUACCAGGAGAGAAACUUGACCACAGUAUUGUCCUGUCCCAUGCCAGUCUGGACUGUGGGACGAGCUGCUGGGUCUCCCUUUCAGCUCAACGCUGAGAUCCGUUAUCCGAUGGAAAUCAUUAGCUAUCGCCCUGGCUUCUGGGAAACAAUCAAAUUUGCCUGGAUUCAAUAUGUCAGUGUCCUCCUCAUCUUCCUCUGGGUCUUUGAGCGUAUACAGAGAUUUGUUUUCCAGAACCAGGUUCUAACCACGGUACCCAUACCAGUGGGAAAACCUCACCUCUCAUGAUGCGAUGGUAGUGAUUUGACCUUCUGGUAUACAUGAACCUCCAGGUUUCCUUUUUUUCAGAGACAAUAUUUCACCUCUCAUGAUGACUCGCCAACACUAAUACUCUUUGACUGAAGUCUGAUUAAAGCAGCAUUAUAUAGAAAUUGGCAUGUUGCGCAAUUUGGCACCCCCCACAGUCUUUGAAUGCGGCACCAGUCAUACGUAAUGUGGGUACUAACUACAAACAAAACUCAUCACAUUACAACAACGUUAUCUUGAAAGCUUGUAUCUUGAAGUAAGCAUGUCUGUAAUGCUGUGAGAGGGUAAGAUCACUGAGGUUACACAGUGCAGAAACAAGUGAGAAAGAGCAGAGUGGCUGUGACGGAAACGCCAUUCACCCUGUCAAAAUGAUUUUGAAUCUGUUAUUUAUGAAAUGAAGUUACAUAAUGUUGGUUUAAAAUGUAAUCAAACCAAGGGAUCUGUGGCAGCUUUAAAGCUAAAUGCAGAGGAACUAAGUGGCUAUGGCUCUUUUAUGCUUCUAUUAAAACUACAAAGAAGUAGCAGUAACUUGUUAUACUGUUUCCAUCUGAAGCGAAUGUCAUUAGUGAAGGUAUUAAUCCCCAUUCAUGGUUUUGACUGUGGUAUUUCAUUUUGAUAACUGACUGUUAUCGCUUGAAUAUUUGUCUGGUUUUUCGUCAUCAGUUAAUAGCAAAUUGACCAAUGAGCCUCCCAUAACUUGCUUUAUUCCAUGGACAAUUUGCCUUCAUUUUAUACAAACAUGCUGAGAGACACACUAAUUUGUUUAUAUUUUAGAGCUUUCCUGGACAAGUUACCAUGCACUCCGUCCUCAACAGCAGCCUCAUUCUCCUUUCCCCUGCGAAAUCCAUUCCUUCCCCUAUUGCAGUUUAAAGCAACUGAAAUUACAAAUAGGUUUCUAUAUUUUUACUGUGUAUUUUUAUGACACUUUAUAACAGAAAUUGAAGAAAUUUGUUGAUGUGCUUGUACAUUUUUGUUUUGUACAACUUUAGAUGAUGAUAAUAAAGAAUUUGUACGUUU